CGCUGCCAGCAGCAUCCCUCGACGGUUCCACGAGAUGCUGGACGUCACGUCGCUGCUUUUAACGAUCCUCGUGGUCGCAGUGUCUGCGAGUAUCAUCGCCAGGAAAUGGCGAUGGAGGCAGCUCGAGAAGCUUCCUGGGAACGUAGCUCUGCCUUUCAUAGGGACUUCCUACGUAGCGUUCCUCACGAAACGCGAAGAUCGAAUGCGCAAGUUUGACGAGGUGCACAAGAAGUUCGCACCUAUCUUUCGCACCUGGAUGGGUCCUUACCCAGCGGUACAGAUACAAAAGCCGGAACACAUGGAGAAAAUAAUGUCCAGCAGCGAGUUAAUUGAGAAGUCCACCUUCUACUCAUUCCUCUACCCUUGGCUGGGAGAAGGUCUCCUCACCAGCUCAGGUUCCAAGUGGCAUAUGCAUCGUAAAAUGAUUACACCUGCUUUCCACUUCCGUAUAUUAGACAACUUCGUCGAAAUAUUUGCUGAGAAUGGGGAGGUUCUAGUAGAGAAACUGAGACCUAAAGCUACUGGAAAGACGUUCGAUAUCUACCCAUUCAUUACACGCUGUGCCCUGGACAUCAUAUGUGAAACAGCAAUGGGAACUUCGGUCAACGCCCAGAAUGAAACACAAUCUGCUUACGUCAACGCCAUUUACAGUAUCAGCGAGCUCACCAUAAAAAGAAUGAUUAAACCAUGGUUGCACACUGAAUUCAUCUUUAAAAGGAGUUCAACAGGAAAAGAGUUCUACAAACAGCUGAAUAUCUUACACGGCUUUACAAAGAAGGUAAUAAGCGAAAGGAAGUCAGCCCGUAAAACGAAUGUAGCCCAGGUCCAGGCACCACAGGAAGAUGAUAUAGGUAGGAAGCGACGUGUGGCUUUUCUGGACAUGCUAUUGGACGCUUCUGAGAACGGACAGAAACUUAACGACCAGGAGCUGCAGGAGGAAGUGGACACCUUCAUGUUUGAGGGCCACGACACGACGUCGGUUGCCAUGUCAUGGGUUCUUAUGCUGCUGGGACAUCACCCUGGUGUCCAGGAGAAAGUCUUCGCUGAGCUGGAUGACAUAUUUCGAGACGAUCCUAAGAGACGUCCAACUACUCAUGAUCUGAGCAACAUGAAGUACCUCGAGAUGGUCAUCAAGGAAGCCCUGAGACUGUAUCCGAGUGUGCCUGCCAUCGGCCGCCGAGCGACGAAAGAUAUCGAAAUUGGUGGCUACAAAAUUCCUGAGGGCUGCCUGAUAACACUCAACAUCCGGCACACACACCGUGACCCCGACCACUGGCCGGACCCUGAUCGCUUCGACCCGGACAACUUCCUGCCGGAGAGGGUGCAGGGCAGGCACCCCUUCGCCUACGUGCCCUUCAGCGCGGGGCCACGAAACUGUAUCGGCCAGAAAUUCGCCAUCCUGGAGGAGAAGGCGGUGCUGUCGUACGUGCUGCGCAACUUCCGCGUGGAGACGGUGGACAGGCUGGAGGACCUCCAGCUGAUCGGCGAGCUCGUCCUCAGGCCGAUGAACGGAGUCAACCUCAGGCUGUGGCCGCGAACGCAACGUCACUGUCACUUGCCUGUUGGCGUGGCGCUUGAUAUGGUACAGAGGUCGACCGCGCGCAGCCUUGAAAAGAGCCGGUCUGCAUCGUACCAGUCAGUACGCGCGAAGGUUGCUGGCAGGAACUUCCUUCGCGAAAUGUUGGACGUAGCGACUUUGCUGAUAGCGGUCUUUGUGAUCGCAGUCUCUGCAAGCAUCAUCUCCAGGAAACUGUUCUGGAGAGAGUUCGAGAAGCUUCCUGGUCUCGUACCUCUGCCCUUCAUUGGGUCUACCUACGUAGCAUUCUUCGUUAAGCGCGAAGAUCGAGUGCGCAAAUUUGAUGAGUUGGCCGCAAAGCUCGGGCCAAUCUUCCGAGCGUGGAUUGGACCAUUCCCAGUGGUAAUGAUCCAAAAACCGGAACACAUGGAGAAAGUAUUGUCCAGCAGCGAAUUAAUAGACAAGGCCGCAGUCUACUCCUUCCUGUACCCUUGGCUGGGGGAAGGUCUCCUCACCAGCACAGGUUCCAAAUGGCAUAUGCGUCGCAAAAUGAUUACACCUGCUUUCCACUUCCGCAUUUUAGACAACUUCGUCGAUAUAUUUGCAGAAAAUGGGAAGGUUCUAGUAGAGAAACUUAAACCCAAAGCUGAUGGGAAAACGUUUGAUAUCUACCCAUUUAUUACAAGCUGUGCGCUGGACAUCAUAUGUGAAACAGCAAUGGGAACAUCAGUCAACGCUCAGCAUGAGACACAAUCAGCUUAUGUUAAUGCCAUUUACAGGAUCAGCGCACUAACCAUAGAAAGAAUGCUUAAUCCAUGGUUGUACCCGGAGUUCAUCUUUAAAAGGAGCCCAACAGGAAAAGAGUUCUACAACCAGCUGCAUGUCCUACACGGUUUUACAAAGAAGGUGAUAAGUGAAAGGAAAGCAGCCCGUAAAACGAAUGGAGGCCAAGUCAAGGCAGCACAAGAGGACGACGUAGGCAGUAAGCGGCGUGUUGCUUUCCUCGACAUGCUACUGGAAGCUUCUGAGGACGGCCAGAAGCUCAACGACCAGGAGCUGCAGGAGGAAGUGGACACCUUCAUGUUUGAGGGCCACGACACGACAUCUGUUGGCAUGUUGUGGGUUUUGGUACUGCUCGGACAUCACCCCGGCAUCCAGGAGAAAGUCUUCGCUGAGCUGGAUCAUAUAUUUCGAGACGAUCCCAACAGACGUCCAACUACACAUGAUCUGAACAACAUGAAGUACCUCGAGAUGGUCAUAAAGGAAGCCCUCAGGCUAUAUCCUAGUGUGCCUGGUAUCGGUCGCCGAGCGACGAAGGAAGUGGAAAUUGGGGGCUACAAAAUUCCUGAGGGUUGCACGAUAACCCUCAACAUCCGGAACACUCAUCGCGACCCCGACCACUGGCCGGACCCGGAUCGCUUCGACCCGGACAACUUCCUGCCGGAGAGGGUGCAGGGCAGGCACCCCUUCGCCUACGUGCCCUUCAGCGCUGGGCCACGAAACUGUAUCGGCCAGAAGUUCGCCAUCCUGGAGGAGAAGGCGGUGCUGUCGUACGUGCUGCGAUGUUUCCGCGUGGAGACGGUGGACAGGCUGGAGGAUCUCAAAUUGAAUGGCGAGUUUCUCCUGAGGCCAAUGAACGCCGUCAACUUCCGGCUGUGGCCGCGGUAGCGCAACGUAUGUGGUGGCGCCUCCAGCUGUCUCCUGUACCAUUCGCCGACGGUGCUUCACGUUCUCACCAAGCAAUCAAGUGACGUGCAUUUUUAAUACCAUUUUAUAUACUUUUUAUAAUAUAUUUAAUAAAUAUUACUUUCUCGGUGA